AUGGACCAAGAGGAGGCUCCACCACCCCCGUACUCGGCCGUCGACCCAUUACUCGCACCGAACAGCCGGAACAACACUUCCUCUCAGACAAUUGCUCCUGGUCCGACGGUUGUGCCGGCGCAUUUCAGAUCCGCCGCUGCGUACUUUGAGGAACGGCUUCCCUCGGUCAUAGACGAAAGCCGGGGUCUUCUACCACAUCAUAUGACCAUCUACCCUCGGAGCCAAGCCAAGGAUUUCCCACGACGGCCGCGCUGCUGGGCCUCGCGGUUCAAUGAGAUUACCCAACAGGACUGGGACACCUUCUUGAAGUACUUGUUUCCUCCGCAAUUAGGGCUGGCUGCGUCCUCUCAGCAUCUUCCACGGCAAUUACGAGCGGAAAUUAGACGUGACCGCAAGGAUCGCCCACAGGAGACUGAUGAGCAACGGAAGGCUCGAGUCGCUGCCGUUGUUGCCGAAUGGAACGAAUGCUUUUUCGGUCUCCGCGCUACUCAUGUUGUCUUUGUCUAUGUGGGCGAACCUGAUUCUGCGCCGUCGUCCGCUUUAUGUCCUCGAUGCUAUCCAGCGGCAACGGGUUCAGUAGAAGGUCAGCCUAUUCGAAAUUCAAAUGCCCCGUCGCCUGUGCCUGGGCAACACGUUCCUUCGCCGAACCCUUGGUCCAUGCCCCCUCCUGGGUUCCCCAACCCCCACGUACAUGUGCCCCCAUCUCCAUAUGGAGUAUAUGGCGUUCCUCCAUACCCUCCUCCCAUAUCCCCUAACCAGCCACCUCAAUAUUACCCCCAUCCACCUCAAGGCGCAUGGCAAUGGAACAAUUGGAACUAUCCGCAGCAGCAACCGCAGUAUCCCAACAACAGCACCAAGAGUGGGACCCGUGGGUGGAUCUCACAGAUCGCAUCACAAGCGCAGAAAUAUGGAGAGCGGUUCAGCGAACAGGCACUACAAUAUGGAGACCAAAUCAGUGCACAGGCACAGCAUUAUGGACGGCAGGUUGAGGAGCAGGCUCUUGCACAUGGCCGCUGGAUUGAAGAACAGGCAAGGCUUCAUAGCCGGAAAGCACCAAUUACAGGACCUCCAUAUGGUGGUGGCUACUACCCCGGCCGGCCUGGGAUAAUUCGCCUCGUCCCAUCGCCAAUAGCCCAACUAGCCCAACGACACCCAUUCAAAGCCCCAGCCCUACAAGUCCUAACCCGACGAGUCGGCCUGAGACAAUCAGCCAGACGAGUAUCAGUGAGCUCCGUCUCAUCCGAGUCCUCCUUCAGCUCAAUUGACUCUCUAUCGACAACAUCGGACCUAGACGUAUCAGACCUUGCCACAGUGCGCACUCAGUUGGAACUCCUGGACGAUCGUCACGAUCGAGUAUUAUAUGACGCCGCCGUCGAUCUCCGCCGGCAACUCUCAGUCCUGCAAGAAUCCCGCCGAGAAGCCAAAUUCUCCGGUAAAAAUAACUGGCGAGCUGGUUUCAGCCAAAGCCAACAAAACAACCAGCAAUCCAGCGACACCGACUGGGGUCGCUGGGACUCACCCGAACAGCAGCAGCGCAACUCGGUCGAUAGACGCGCCAUGAAAGAAGAAAUGCGUGCCACCAAGAAAGCGUUCCGGGACACGCUGCGCCGAGCACGAGACGAGCAGCGCGAACGCAGACGCAUUCGACGCCGCCAGGUUCGACAAGCUCGCGCUAAUGAGGGCGAUAAGGCGAAACAUAUGCAUGACCAGCCGCUAGAUCAGCAGCUUGGGAUGCUGCGGCUGGAAGAUUCUCAGCAACCCAAGCCGCCUAUGCCUCCACGUCCGGUCAGCACACAAACCCAGUCUAGUCCGGUUUCUACACCGAAUAGCGCGAGUGUUGGCUUUGGAUUUGCUUCCAAUCCCCCUUCCCUGCUAUCUCACGGCCAAGCACGCAGGACUUACCACCUACUGGGGACUCUGCCUCUGGGAAGAAAGUGA